GGUCUUGGCGGUGCUGGGAAACCGAUAGUGAUGAAUAUCAUCGAUCAUGGCAACAAAAGCUGGUGAAGAAGCCACUAAAAAUAUCAAUGCUGAUAAAGCGGCCUAUGUUCAAACUGACAUCACAAGCGAAGAAAGUGUAAAGAAUGCGAUGAAGGUCGCUUCAAAUGCUUUUGAAAAGCGUCUCAGUGGUCUUGUUCACUGUGCUGGUAUCGCUAUGUCUCAACCAUGGACAAACCGCCUCGAAGAUACUAUUGGCCGUUCAAGACGUCUACUUGAAAUCAACUACAUGGGUACCUGUAUUACAAACGCUUUAUUCGCUGAUGCUGUCAACGAGCGUUUUGAACCAGAGAAAAUGGCGAGCGGUGAACUUUUCACUACUAAAGAAGAACGCGGUGCCAUUAUCAACUUCAGCUCAAUUGCCGGACACCAGCCAUACACAAGAAUAUUGGCCUAUACAGGAGGCAAAGCUGCCGUAUCUGCAUUUUCACGUGCAUUGGCAGAUUUCUUGGGUCCUUCAGGUGAGAAUACGGUACUUUCAUGUCCCAAGCGUCAUAAUUCUGCCAACAUUGGAGCUAGACUUUCAUAUUUUCUUGCGGAGCUCACAAAGACUUCAUCCUUCCCAGCUAGACCUAUCACACCUGAUGAGAUCGCGGGGGCUGUUAAUUACUUGAUUACUAAUGGUAUGAUGAACGAUCACGAUUUGAGGAUUGAUGGUGGUUGGCGCUUCAUCUUUGAUCGUAUUGUCGAUAGGGAAGAUCCUCGCCUUUCUGCACCAGGGUUGGAAUGA